UAAAUGACAUUGUUAACGAAUCAAUAUUUUAAAGAGAAACAUACAUAUUCAAUUGUUUGAAAUUAAUAAAAUUCCUUUUGUACACAUCAAAAUAAAUCGUAAGGAUUGUUUGGUAAAUUAUUUAAUCGUGUUGGUUGUUUUAAAUUAUUUAAUCAAAUACAAAGCAACACUCGUUAGACUCUUAGAAGUUACGACAUGGUGCCGGCCCGAGUUCCACCCAAGCUCCCCGCCCGAGUUCCCCCCAAGGUGCCGGCCCGAGUUCCUCCCAAGCUAGCCGCCCGAGUUCCGCCCAAGAUCCCCACCCGAGUUCAUCUCAAGAGCACCGCCCCUCCUACCACAACGAUCCCCACCCUAGCUCAUACUACGAUCCCCGCUCAACCUACCAUCAAUCCCCUCCGAGUCUCCAUCAAUCCCCAUAUGAUCCCAACCCGAUCUCAUACAACGAUCCACGCCAACCAUCAUACGAUUCCCGCCCGGUCUACCCUCCAUCUCCUCGCCAAACAUACUACGAUUCUCACCCGGUCUACCCCCAAGAUCCCCCUACAUCAUCGGGUACUUGGCAUGAUGGUUCCUCCACGACGGUGCCCCACGAAUUCAACCCAUUGACUCGCCCUCAUCAGCCGUGGCCUCCUACUCCUUACCGUAUGAGCGCGGAUGUCCCUCGCUCGACCCCGGAAGUGCCGCCUCCCCGCUGACACAGCACCGACGAGCACCACACUACCUCGGCCAUUCGAAACUUGCCACUGCAACCACCUAUUGUUACUCCCGUCGGCCGUCGUACAAGGAGCAAGAAAACCGUCAGUUCCGGGGAAGCUCGUGGACUUUCUUAAGAUGUAUUUUGAGUUGAAUUUUAAUUAUAUGUACUUGGAACUAUUCCCCUUAUCUUAGUUUAUUUAAUUGAGUGUUGUUUUAAUUUGGUUUUUAUUUCUAUGUACUUGGAACUAUUCCUCUUAUCUUAGUUUAUUUAAUUGAGUGUUGUUUCAAUUUGGUUUUUAUUUCUAUGUACUUGGAACUAUUCCUCUUAUCUUGAUAUUAUCCCAAUUCGUUCAGUCAACAAUUCACAAUUAUUUGCCAAAGAAGUCAACUCAACUAGCUUGUGUGGCAAAAUCGCACCUCGGCCAUGUGGUUUCUGUAGGUCAGACCUGAAACCGCAUGGCCAAGAUGCGGUUUUGGUCCAGGAUUAUAAACCGCACCUCUAAGGUGCGGUCCAUAAAAAAGGGUGCUAUUUUUGUAAAUAUUUUCGGCUGAGUGCUAUUUUUGUAAAUUUUUUAAAAGGUGCUAUUUGUGGAAAAAUCCCAAAGAAAAGGUGAAUCCGAUCGUUGUUGUUUUUCUCUGUUGCCGGUGGGUGAUGAAGAAAAGGAAAAACAAGAAGACAAAGAAUAACAAAAUUUCUUUUAUUGUAUAGCAACAUAAUGUUAAUUACUAUUGUAAUUAAUUGAAAUGUUUUUAUUUAGUUAAGUGUGAAAUCAUUAUUUAAUGAGAACAAUAAACAAUUUCGUUCAUCAUUCUCAAAUCAAAGCCCAAAUUCUCGCAAGUCUAAUGCCUAAAGAAAGUAACUCAUUAGUUAUUAUUUUUAUUUAACCAAACCAACAUUCUUGAAUCGUAUAAACCAUGACUCAUGACUUGAGUUAGAUGUGAUCUCUAACCAUUGAUUUGCUAUUGCAAAUCUUGUCAAUUCACAAACAAAUACACUCUUCCUCAACGCCUCAAGUAUGGUCUUAGUUAGAAAGAUGUUUGAGAUUCGCAAUUGACAAUCUUGAACAAACUAAGGUCUCUCUAACUAGUUAUAUAUUUCUAUCUGGACAAAUGUGUGUUGCCCCCCCCCCCCCCCCCCCCCCCCCCCCCCCCUAAUUUGUCUCUCAAUUUAAAGAGGUGUACAAAGUUCCUUUAAACACUACAUUUUGACAAUGUUAGGGAUGAGUCUAAGGAGAUUCAUAGAAAUUGUUUGGGAUAAAUCUAGCUAACAAGUCGAAAGAUAGUAUAAAAGAGUAUUUAAGUUAUUCGGGGUAUAACAAGGUAAAUAAAUUUAAUUAUGAUGCAAUCGAGUUGUUCGGAAUAUAACAUGCUAAACAUAUAUUGAUGGCAUAGCAAACGGGGUUGUCCGGGAUAUAACAAGCUAGACACUCUUUUAAAAAUGUGAUCAAGUUGUUCGGGAUAUGACGACGGAACAUUUAUUGAUGGCAAAGCGAUAGGUUGUCCAGGAUAUGACAUGCUAGACAUUUUGUAGGCAACGCGAUCAAGAUGCCCAAGGUAUGACAUGCUAAACAUUUAUUGAUGGCAUUGCUACAGGAUUGUCCGGGAUAUAACAAGCUAGACCUUUUUUAGGCAAUGCCAUCAAGAUGUCCAGGGUAUGACAUGCUAAAUAUUUAUUGAUGGUAAUGCUACAGGGUUGUCCAGGAUUAACACGCUAGACAUUUGUACUGACAAUGCAAUUAAGUUGUUCGGGAUAUGACGGGCUGAACUUCUAUUGAUAUCAAAGCUCUGAGGUUGUCUGGGAUAUGAUACGUUGUACAUUUUUCUAACCAUGCAAUCAAAUUGUCCGAUGAUAACUUGAUAUUUACACAUGUUGUUGUCCACCAUUCUUAUACUGUUUGAGUCUCGUCUCUCGUGUUUUAGGCCGAUUUCACGCUAGGUUGUUCUUGUUUGUGAUAUUUCAGGUCCUAGUACGUGAAGGAAGGUUUGGGCACGAGUUCGGGGUCGAUUGGAUGAAGUUGUGACGUUUGACGAAAAGCUGAGGAAACCGCACGGCCGUGUGACUUGGCCAUGUGAAACAUCUUUACGCGGGCAAAGCCAUACGGGCUGUGUAAGGACCCCUUUUGGCCGUGUGGGAUUUCCAUAGAGUUACUAAAUCUCUAUUUGACAGGGCUUCUUCCUAUCCCUAUGAAUUCCAUUGGACCCAGAAAUGAUACAUUGGAAGAAUCCUUUGGGUGUUCCAAUAUCAAUAGGUUGAUUGUUUCGCUCCUGUAUCUUCCAAAAGGAAAAAAGAUCUCUGAGAGCUGUUUUUUGGAUCCGAAAGAGAGUACUUGGGUUCUCCCAAGAACUACGGGCAAGUCAGAUUUCCACACAGCCGUGUCGUUUUGGCCAUGUAGCGUACCUUAAGUCACUUAAUCAAACGCCGCGUUUUGGAGAGUUACACGGGCAACUGGGGAUUUCACACCGCCGUGUGGCCUGGUCGUGUGUUCGUGCAAAACUGGGUUUUUAACCCAAUUUCGGGUCUGGGAAGGGGGAAUCGAUUUUCCAGAGCAAAAACAGAGUCCUAGAGAGAGAAAGUGGGAAGAACGAAUCCUAGAGGUGAUUUUGGAGCUGCGUUUCAUCAAUCAAGCUUGAAUUUCAUC